AUGUUCCGAUUUCCAAGAGCUCUGUUCCGGCGCUAUGCCAGUUUCCAGGCCGGACAGCCAAUCCACGAAACCAGACCACAUCUGGUUCGCGCAGGCGAGCUUACCACCGGCAUCAGUGCAAUGGAGUACUUCAACAGACGGUACCGACUAGCUGAACAGAUGCCUGCCAAGUCUCUGGCCAUUAUUCCAGGUAACACAGUGAAAUACGCCUCAGGGGCAGUUUUCUAUAACUUCCAGCAGAACAACGAUUUGUUCUAUCUUACAGGAUGGCUAGAGCCGGACUCUGUCUGCGUCUUGGAGAAACCCACCGAGGAUCCCGACUCGCUGGUCUUCCAUAUGGUGGUCCCCCCAAAAGACGAAAACUCUGAGUUAUGGGAAGGUGUGCGUACGGGUGUUGACGGUGUGCAGGAGAUUUUCAACGCGGACAAUGCCACAGAUAACCGCAACCUGCAUAACUAUCUGCGUACGCUGUUGAAAGACUAUAGAAAGGUGCUCUAUGAUUUCGAGGACUCGAAGAAGUCGAUCUUUAGUCGCGUUUUUAGCGCCACAGACAAACAGGCGACAAACCGCGAGUCGAUCGAGUCGCUCUUGCGCAGCCAGAACUGUCAUGUCUACUCAUUGAAAAACUACCUGACCGAGCUAAGAGCUAUAAAGUCCAAUGCAGAGUUGCGAGUUAUGCGAAUGGCUGGUAAAAUAUCCGGUAGAGCCUAUAACCAAGCCUAUGCUAAACGAUUCAAGACAGAGAAAGGGCUUCAUGCAUUUUUGGAGUACCGCUUUAUCUCUGGGGGCUGCGACAAAAGCGCCUACAUCCCUGUGGUGGCAGGCGGCUCGAAUGCCCUUUGUAUCCAUUACACAAGAAACGACCAGGUUUUCAAGGGGGACGAGCUCGUUCUGGUGGACGCUGGUGGAUCUUUGGGCGGAUACUGUGCAGACAUCUCCCGUACCUGGCCCGUCAAUGGUAAGUUCAGCUCCGCACAGGCCGAGUUAUACCAAGCCGUUUUGAACGUUGAACAGAAAUGUAUUCAGCUGUGCACACAGAAACAAGGAUACUCCCUUAGAGACAUACACGACGAGAGCGUCCGUAUCAUGACCAGUGAGCUGCGCAACUGUGGAUUCCACGGGCUCACCAGUUAUGAGGUGAUGCGCCAUUUGUAUCCGCAUUAUAUUGGCCAUAACUUGGGUUUAGAUGUGCACGACGUGCCUUCACAGUCUCGUGUCGCACCUUUGGUAAAGGGCCAGGUAGUUACCAUAGAGCCUGGCGUCUAUGUGCCUGACGACUCAAGAUGGCCUAAACAUUUCCGUGGAAUGGGAAUUAGAAUUGAAGAUGACAUUGCCGUCGGAGAAGAUAAUUAUGUGGUUUUGACAGCAGAGGCAGCAAAAGAAAUUAUAGACAUUGAAACCAUAGCAGAACGAGGCGUGACCACCAAACUCGAGGAUGAAGUUGUUGAUGUUUGGAGCUGUACAUAG